AUGACAGAAGAAGCUGUCAGUUAUGUACGAUAUCCACUAAGAACACCUCAAACUGUUCAUAAGUCAACUGGUUCUUCCACCAGCAGUACUACUCGUAGAAAUUCAUUCGAGAACAGCAAUAGGAAAAGUGAUCCUGCAAUGUUUCGUAAGCUGGAUCGGAAGAAGCCAAAUGAUCAGAAACUAAACAGUGCAGUUUCUCUGCCUCCAAUUCUUGUCUCUAACAAUGAAGAUCAUCUUAAGCUUAAACCAAUGACGAAACACGAACAAUUAAGAGAUGAAAAGUUUAAGGCAAAAGAAGAAGAUGAAGAUUCAGCUCAAGAAAUGGCCAGAGUUAUACAAAGAAUAACCGAGUUACAUGAUAAGGGCUUCAAGUCCAACUUCAACCCCAAAGUUCAUGGCAACAAGUAUUUCCUUAUUCGAUCUGGCAUUGCUAUUUAUGAGGUGCAAAGGUUUCAAAGACUAAUCAAGGAAUCAUGGAAGGGUAUGUUGAUUUUGGUUUUGAAAGAUAAUGUUGGGCUUAUGGAAUCUAACAAAGUCGAUGAUUGA